AGCUGGGCCAAAGCCUAGAAAUAGCGCUGGGCGGCCUGGCCAGCUCAGUGCAGCGACGCAGCCAUGCCGGUGCUCUCCAAGCGCUACCCCAGGAACUGCCUGCUGGCCGUCAUGGACCGCUGCUCGGCCGCUGUGCGCACCAUGGAGCAGGUGGUGAUGAUCCCCAGCCUGCUGCGGGACGUGCGCCCCGGGGGGCCCAGGCAGCAGCCCGAGGCCCCCGACCUCUACGCCUACUUCACCAUGCUCAAGAGCAUCCGCGUGGAGGUGGACCACGGGCUGCUGCCCAGGGAGGAGUGGCAGGCCACGGUGGCAGGCCGUCUGCAGGACGGGCCGGGCGAUGAGGAGGCCGGCGCCGAGCAGGACGCUGAGGGGCAGCCGCUCUCCGCAGAGGAGGACCUGGAAGCCCAGUUCCACCUGCACUUCUGCAGCCUCCACCACAUCCUCACUCACCUCACCCAGAAAGCCCAGGAGGUGACGAGGAAAUACCAGGAGAUGACGGGACAGGCCCUGUAGGCCACCAGCUCCGAGGAGAUCACGCCCAUGGGAGGAAGCCUCGGAGAUGAGGGCUCGAAGCGACCCAGCCCUGAGCCAGAAGCGUGGCAACAUGUGCCCGGGACGCCCCUCUAUGUCUGUUAGCUGUUCACAACGGUUACUGGCCCACCUCAGGAUGUCUGUCGCCACCUAGGUCCUUUCCACCUCUUGCCAGUGUGGGGUGGUGGCUGUGGUUCACAGCACUGACCUGCUUUGGGUGUCACCCACGAGGGCCUAAAUCCCCUCAUGUAUAAAUCGGGAGUCUCAAUCUACCUCACAGGGUUCCAGAAAUGAAACAAGACAAAUCGACAGUACUUGGCGUGAGAGCCAUUGUAGCAGGCUGAUUUUCCUCUCACCCGCUCCUGUGUAUUUGCUCCAGUCUUUGCUGCUUUAUGGAACGAAGAGAACAGGCUAUUGCAGUAAAUGGCUCACCCUGCUGAACAGAUUAACUAUAAAUAAACAUAUUUAUUGUAGUAGCAAUUUAAGAAGAAAUGCCUUCUCUUUGUGUAUCUUUUUUUGCGGGUAGGGGUACAGUGGAUGUUGGACACAGGCUCCUGCUAGGUAGUUGAGGCUGUCAUUGAACUCACUGUAGCUCUGGCUGCACCACAGCAAUCCUCCUGCCUCAGCUUUCCAAAUGCUGAGA